AUGGAGCAUGUUCUAGUGAGCACCUCGGUGCCCUUGACCUUCUAUGGAUUCGCCAUCAGUGAUAAAAUCCCUAUGACUUCCUCCAAAAUUAUCCAGGAUUUCCUGUUUGCGCUCCGGCAGCCGGACCCAUUGGCGGUGCUACACGAACCCCUGAUUGACGAGGACCCUGUGUUCAUCGCCACGUGCACAGAGCGGGAACUGCGAAAGAGGAAAAAGCGGAAAUUCAGCCUCUGGGUCAGGCAGUGUUCUUCCACCGGCUUCAUCAUCCAGAUUUAUGUCCACCUGAAGGAAGGCGGGGGCCCCGAUGGGCUGGAUGCGCUGAAGAAUAAGCCCCAGCUCCACAGCAUGGUCGCCCGAAGCCUGUGCCGGAACGCGGCGGGCAAGAACUACAUCAUCUUCACGGGGCCCAGCAUCACCAGCCUGACCCUGUUCGAGGAGCUGGAAAAGCAAGGAGUGAUCAUCAAGAGGAAGACUGGGGAGAUCCCCUGCCCCUUGGCCGUGGAGGCGUUCGCUGCUCACCUUAGCUACAUCUGCAAAUACGACGACAAGUACAGCAAGUAUUUCAUUUCUCAUAAACCAAACAAGACCUGGCAACAGGUGUUCUGGUUCGCCAUCAGCAUCGCGAUCAAUAACGCCUACAUCCUGUACAAGAUGUCAGACGCCUACCACGUGAAGAGAAGCGGCCACCCACCCGGUGCCGGGGCGGGCGCCGCACCCAGACUCCACGUGCCGGCGGGCGCGCUGUCCGUGGCAUUGGCCCAGCAGGGCGCUGCCUCCUCGUGA